GGAUACGACUUAAUGAUCACGUGUCCCCGGGGUCACGUUCACGUGUCCCACUCUACUUGAGACUUGAGAGACUGGGAGACGGUUGUGCACAAAUAUUGGGCAAAAUGGUUAAUCUGCACAAAACCAGUGGUUUUCUUUGUGGCGGCUCUGCCUCGGUCCCAUCGCCCACCUCCCACCUCUAACCUCCUCCGGCACCAUAAAUACACACAUACCCACACCUUUCAAUUGGUAUCAGUUUCGAAUCCUCCAAUGUCGGUAUCGAUGCUCAAGGCGCCAUGCAAUGCAGCCGACCAACUUCAAGCCCUAGCCCAAUGCCGCGCCCACGUCGCCCCCCGCCGACUGCCUCGCCGCCGGAUCUCCGGAGUCUCCUUCUCAGCACCUCCCAGGACUCCGGUGGUGGCGGUGCUGGACCGGGUGGCCGCCGCCGAUGGAGAGCAGAGCCGGUUGGCGGUAGCGGGCUCCGGGAGCUUGGCGGACAGGCUCCGGAUGGGGAGCUUGACGGAGGAUGGGUUGUCGUACAAGGAAAGGUUCAUUGUGAGGUGCUAUGAGGUGGGGAUUAACAAGACUGCGACUGUUGAAACCAUUGCUAAUCUCUUGCAGGAGGUAGGAUGCAACCAUGCCCAGAGUGUCGGAUUUUCAACAGAUGGUUUUGCGACAACCCACACCAUGAGAAAAUUGCAUCUCAUAUGGGUGACUGCUCGCAUGCAUAUUGAAAUCUACAAAUACCCAGCUUGGAGCGAUGUGAUUGAAAUAGAAACAUGGUGCCAAGGGGAAGGAAGAAUUGGAACUAGACGUGAUUGGAUUCUCAAGGACUAUGCUACUGGUCAAGUUAUUGGGAGAGCAACAAGCAAGUGGGUGAUGAUGAACCAAGAUACUAGACGACUUCAGAAAGUCAGUGAUGAUGUCCGGGAUGAAUUCUUAAUUUACUGUCCACGAGAACUAAGAUUAGCAUUCCCAGACGAAAAUAAUAGCAGCCUGCAGAAAAUAGCAAAACUGGAAGAUCCUUCUCAGUAUUCCAGGCUAGGACUUGUGCCUAGAAGAGCUGAUCUGGACAUGAACCAGCAUGUAAACAAUGUUACUUACAUUGGUUGGGUGCUAGAGGAACUCCUUGGACAUCCUGUUCCACACUAUCUGAUUUGCAUGGGCUCUAAGAGCAUGCCUCAAGAGAUCAUUGACACCCAUGAGCUGCAAACCAUCACCUUGGAUUAUAGAAGGGAAUGCCAACAUGAUGACAUAGUGGAUUCCCUCACAAGUUCAGAAUCAACUGAGGAUGCAAAAACCAUUCCAGAGCUUCGAGGAACAAAUGGAUCUGCUACUGCAACAAAAGGUCAACAGGACUGCUGUCAGUUCUUGCAUUUGUUGAGGUUGUCUGGUGAGGGUCUUGAAAUAAACAGGGGCCGUACUGAGUGGAGGAAAAAAACUGCAAGAUAAGGGUAUCUUUCAUUUUGCAAUACUUUCUCAUCUUAAGUGGGCUUCAUGGUGAUUUCUUCCUACUCUUUUUUAUUUUUCUUGUUUCCUUCCCAAGCAAUUUUGCUCUGGAUUUAUGUUUCUUAGGAGCUAAGUUGUUGAUUUCUGUCUUCUAUCAUAUGCCUAGAGUUUGUCAAAGUAUUUGUACUUGAAUAUGAACUUUGAUGGGCCAAACUCCAAACCCCAUGAAUGAAGUUUUGAAUUUAUAA